AUGAGCCCUGUUGUGCUCGUCAAAAAGAAGGAUCAGUCGCUUCGCCUCUGCAUAGACUUCAGAGCCCUGAACAAGGCAUUGAAGGCCCUCAAGCACGCCCUCACCUCUCCGGCGGUUUUGCGCCUGCCAGACUGGAGCACAGUGAAGGAUGAGCGCGGCUCUACUCAGCUGCGGUGGCCAUUCCACCUGACAACGGACUGGUCCACCAGCGCCAUGAGCGCUGUCCUCAGCCAGCCGGAUGGGGAUGGCAGUGACCGUCCCAUUGCCUACGCCAGCAGGGUUCUCACACCCGCUAAGGCCAAAAGGCUGGGAUAA